AUGUAUUACAAGGGUAGGGAUAAGUCCAAGUGGUGUGAGUUUCAUGAUGAUUACGGCCACAAAACAGACGAUUGUAAGGACCUUAAGGACGGGAUUGAAGACCUCGUUAGGCGAGGCUACUUUACCCAGUACCUAUCAAGGAACGAUCGCAAAACUCCUCCAAGGGAGGACGACAAUGGCAAUAGAAGGCCGGUAAAGGACAGGAUCACUGAGAUCCACAUCAUCAGCGGAGGACCAACUAGAGGCGGUAGUAUUCACGGGGCGAAAGCCAGCCUCAAGGAAGUCCGUCACCAGGUGAACUAUAACAACGCCAGAAAAUGGCCGGCACCCCCAUCUAUGCCUGGACGGAGGAAGCUCCGCCAAUACCUCUACAAAGAGACAUUUGAAAAGAUGGGAUUUGACGAAACAUGUCUGAAACCAGUCUCUUACCCGGUUAUCGGCUUCACAGGAGCAUCUGUUGUCCCAGAAGGGACGGUAAAGUUGGCGGUCAAAAUAGGAGAAGGGUCCCGGUCGAAAGAUCUCAUGGUGGAAUUUCUGGUUGUAGAUGUCCCGGCGGCAUAUAAUGCCAUCAUUGGGAGGCCUCUAAUUCAUGACGCCCAAGCUGUGGUCUCAACAUAUCACCUUACCAUGAUCUACACCUCUAAUGACGGUAACCCGAGAAAAUCAGAGGCAAUCAAGAGUCGGCAAGGGCAUGCUACCUUACCGCACUAA